UGCAAAAAUAUCUGCAACAAAAUGUUACGGAACGAAACAAACGAAGCCGAUAAUCAUCUACAACUUAACACUAUUUACAAAACAAGUUCACGUUUUAUUUAGAAAACUCCAGCAACAACACAUUACCUCAUCCACAUAAAGUCAGUAGUAUGCAAGUCGUAGCAAUGAUUGGACAUUAUAAAAGCGCGAAUGUACUCCUAAUAUUGUUCCUGCACGUGUCGCAUGUGGCGCAGGUGGCGCAGGUACGCGCUCAGUCGGCGCUCAGUGACGAGGACGCUUACGCGGCGCUGCUCGACCGAAACACCGUCACCGACAAGAAACACUAUCCCUACGUGGCGGCCGUGCUCAAGAUGACCAGCUACCUCAGCGCCGGCGCCAUGAUCAAAGACAACUGGAUACUCACCGCCGCCGACGGACUGUACCUAGUGCGCGACUCUGUGCGGCUGCUGCGCGUGCGGCUGGGCAGCGUCAACUACAAGAAGGGCGGUACUUUGGUGCCCGUUAAGUACCUUCGCAUCCACCCGUACUUCGACGACCGCCGACCCGAGUACGAUACCGCACUGCUGCGGCUGUCCGUGCCAGCGCGGCCCUCACCCACCGCGCGCCCCGUGCGUCUGCAGCGCAAACUGCGCCCCGUCACCGCCGCCCACUUCACUGUUACCGCCUGGGCACCGCACUACGCCAACCCGAAGGCCAACAGCGACAACGUUCACGAGUCACUGGAGACAAUCCGGCGCGCGCGCAACCUGCAGGUGCAGCAGGUGCACCCGCGCAGCGCGGCCGACUGCCAGCGGGAGCAGCAAGAGCUGGGCCUCAACGCCAGCGCUGGCCUGCUCUGCCUCGACCCGCUCGCCGACUCCGACCCCUGCAGGCGGGAUGCGGGCGCGCCGGUGGUGCUGCGUGGCGUGCUUUGGGGCGUGGUGUCGUCUUGGCGCGCGGCUGGCUGCGGAGCGGACGACGGAAGCGGGGCUAGCUUCGUCAACCUGGUGGCGGCGCCCGACAUCAGCGCCUGGCUCGACGCCGUCACACGCGACUUCCACUGGAAACUUAGGGAGAUCAACUUUGACGAUGACAAUUUCAUAUGA